AUCGACGAGGGGCGACGAGUACGACGAGGGGUCGCUUAUAUUGUGGGGCUGAUUGUGGCGUAUUGUGCCGAGCGUUGCCGAGCGUCAUGGACGCGAACGGUGCGCGGUUAGGGAGAUGCGUUUCGCUCGCGUAGAUCAUCGUUCGCCACGCUACUGAACGCGUCGUUCGACGUCGAGAUAUGCCUCGCGACAACGUGCCUGGCGUGACGAGAUGAUACCUUAUUACAGACGCGACACGCCGGAAUUCUCGGGAUAGAUCGCGUUACGGGUAGACGGGCUCCACGGGGCGAUGAGCAAGAUGUCUUGGUUGCCUCUCAGUUGGUCAGCGGACAUCAAGAAGAGGGCCUGCAGGUACUUGCUGCAGCGUUACCUUGGCCAGUUUCUCGAGGAGCUCACGCUGGAUCAACUCACCGUUGAUUUGUACAAUGGCACGGGACGAGUCGUCAACGUCAGCCUUGAUGUGCAGGCGCUCAAUGAAAUGGGAGAGCAACAACAUCUCCCAUUGGAAUUUGUCGAUGGUUUUAUACUGGAGAUAUCUCUCAGUAUACCCUGGUCGGCGUUACUUAGUCAAGCGAGUUAUGUAGAAGUCAAGGGUCUCAGACUAACGGUGCAACCGCGACAGAGACUCGAAACUGGAACAUCGAUGUUUGAAUCUAUGUGGAGUUCCAUGACGUCCAGUAUGCAACUUGCUAAGGAAUGUCUGCAACAAGAUGCGGCCAAUGCGGGAAACGCUCAGCCCUUAGAUUCGGUGGAACAGUUUGCAAAGACUAUAGAUUCAAUUUUAUCUAGGGUCAAAGUGAGAUUUAUCGAUACUGUGAUACGUUUGGAACAUGUACCUUUGAAUUCUUCCACGGGAGUAGCGAUCGAAGUGUGGAUACAGAAUCUUGAAUAUUCUGACGAAGCUGGAUUAGAUCCCACUAAUACGUCUCUAGAUCCCGAUGAAUCUUCCAAAGGUUACAUCGUUUCAGCGUUCUCCACUAAGCGAUUUUAUAUGGAGGGAGUGACAUUUCAUACCGAUGAAUUUCCAUCGCGUGCGAGAACAUUUUCUCGAAGUAUGUUGUCUAGUACGUGCUCUACUCCCGAUUCUAAGAAUUCAGACAGUCUGUUUAUCUCCGCACAAAUGUCUCCUACGCAAAGCAUUCUGCACACUCCUCCGGAAGGAAAUACUGUUAACAACUCGAAUGAAUCAAACCCUAUCAUGUUUGCUAAGCUAGCAGGUAGACAAGAAGUGAGGUUAAAAAUGAAACAAGGGGAAGGAAUAUCGGGACCAAAGGUAGAACUGGAAAUUACUCUAGGAUCGCUUACUUUGUUCCUGAGUCCUAGGCAGCUUCAUGUUUUAUUAGAAUUAGCGCAUGGCCUAGCAUCUCCGGAUUUAGAAGAUGUCAGUAAUGUUGUUCCAAGAAGAUACACGGAAAAACCUAUGGCUAGCAGCGAUUUUAAUCGUAUAGAACACGAGCUUAUCCAUCAGACACAUCCUAUGCAAGAUUUGAAAACUACAGAUCUACGGUAUGCUCAAGGAUGGUCUACUGGAUCUGUAGAUGAAUCUGACAAUGAAGACGAAUUUCUACCAAUGAAAUUACCGUCUUCGUCAAUGUGUGAUUCAAUCACGAGCAAUAAUUUCAGUAUGGAGGGCAGCAUAUCGACCAGCAGCAUUAGUUCAAAAAGUUCGGCGACGAAUCUGCCGAAACAAAAUAGACACAGACACAACAUAGACAAUGACACGUCCGCCGAAACUACCCAAUUUCACAUAAGGGUAUCCUCCGUCGCUUUAGUUCUAUUGCACGAAGACAUAUUGACGUCAUGCGUGGAACAACUCGGUCUAACUUCUAGCAGUAUAAGACAGAUGAGAAAUGCGGCGAAAGAAUUUUUCAGGCAAUUAGGAACGUUUGCUGUAGGCGGCUAUGGAAGUAAAGAUUUUGAUACAGCAUCAAAAUCACUCACUGAAGCUUGCCAACUUAGUCAUAUUAGAUUACUGGCAGCACCACUAGUAGUCGAGGGCAGUGAAAAGACUACUAAUCAGUACUCCGCGAUAUCAGGAAGCUUGACUUUGGCUAGUUUGGAAGUUGUAGAAUGUUUGGUUGACUCCAACAAUCCUAGCUCAUAUAAAACACCAUCGAUGGAAUUCGUUGAGCUCUUAGCGUUUACUAGAGAAAAUACAACCAAUAUUGGAUUUUCUAAUAAAACCGAUUUUAGAUUGAGAUUUAAAUAUACGCAAAAAGCUGUUCGACAUACUCAUAUGACGAAAUUUGCAUAUCCACGCACAGAGAUCGAUAUUCAAAUGGAACCGUGCAGAGGUGAAGUAGACAUUACUAUCGUAGAUAGAAUAUCUGCUAUUCUUAAUCCACAGCCAAUAUGUACUUGCAAUCCUGUAAUAAAUGCUAGAGAUGCUAAUCAACAGACAUUAUUUGAUCAAGCUGUGGACAGUACAACACUGCCAGAUUCUAGAGUAGAUGUCAAAAUUUCCUCAUCAUCGUGCACCAUAAAACUAAGAUUUCCCGUGCCAGAUUUAAGACCACUGCACGAUAUGAGUCGUGCGCCAUGGUGGAAAAGAUCUGUGAGACCUGACUAUAUGAUAGUGCAGAUGACAAACGCACAAGUUCACUCCACUAUGGAUAGCCGAUCUCACUAUGUAGCUAGGCAUGAACUGCAAUGUCGGCGGCUAUUGUUGUUAUACGUAGAAACCGAGGGCGACACGCCAAUCGAAAUCGGUCUAGCUACAGUCGACGAAAAGAACGACGUCUUAUCGAAUCAGCAAGUCAGCGACGAUCUUGGUUGGGCGAGAGUGGUGAUUACUGUAUAUCCAGAACGUUUUGGUGCUCCAUUGGAAGAUAGUUCUGAAGAAGAAAUAGAGAGUGAUAAGCGUAUUUUAGAUGAUACCUUGGAGAAAACGCCGAAACAUGCACCUUCCCCAUUCACUUCCAGACGAAUCAUGCGCGAAUCUGACACACUUCAUUCGAAAUCUCAUGAAUACGGUCAGAAGAACGAACAAAGUGACGGCGAAGAGCUAAUUAUACCUGGCAAUCGACAAGAAAUGUUGGAAUUUAUCGAAGACGGCAUACACGGUUCUAGGCUACAACUAGAAAUUAAUUUACCUUGUGCUUCCGUCCAGAUUCCAUCUAAACGCAUUUAUGAACAACUCUAUAAUCGAUUCAACACCGAUCUAUUCUUAUGGGAGCCAUCGGCGCCCAGGCCCAAAUACACAACUAAUAUGGAAAAUCAUAUCGGCCUUGAUCUGGCAUCUACUCUCUUACAGGAGUCUACUUAUCCUAAAUUCAGCAUGUGCAAAAGUGGGAUCCAGUAUAAUUCGGACUCUGACUCGGACGAGGAAGGUAUAUUGCAUUCUACAACGAACGAAAAGAGUCACAAAGAAGGACGAAUGUCAUCGAAGAAAGCACAGAGCAAAUUGGCAAUGACUCUAAGCAUCAAUCAGGGUCUUCUGUCUAUGUACACUCCCGUACGCGAUUCUAUGCGCAACGUUAUACCCGGGCAACAAGGAGAAUUGAUCAUACGUUUAGAGGAUGCCACGAUAUUUUCUGUGUCGGCGUACAAAGGAAAUACUAAUCUAAGCUACGCUUGUGCUAUGAUGAAGAACGUAUCACUGGAUCAUUGCGGUCUGACGACGAGCCCAUCGCAGACACCGCCGUUGAAAUGUAUCAACAGCGUUAGACCACGCUAUUGCGAGAGAACGAUAUACCGUAGCGAACCCGGUAGUAAUGUAGCAGCGAAUCCUGGUGACAAAGACAUGAUGACAGUCGCGGUGAAGAUACAAGCGGCUCAUCAGACGCAUCGUAUAAAAACUUUCCGGGUUGCGAUAGGUAUAAGCGAUGCCACAUUGAGACACCGAAUGUGUUCCGCCGCUACCUCGUGGUUUACUGAAUUGAUGGAUUGCUUUGACGUGACGGAUCAUCCUGUUGCCGGUUAUACCCCACCGGGUGUUCUGACUGAACUCCAUUUGCAUCUGUGGGAGUGCGCGAUCGAUUAUAGGCCACUUCAUCUGCCGCUGAGGUCCGUGGUGACUCUCGGUAAUUUCAGCGUGUCAAGCAACAUUACGGCACAAACCAAUACGUCAACGUUACGUUUUAUCGCGGAGGAUGUCGCACUCUUUAUUUCGGACAAACUGCGUGAAAAGUCAGUGGAUCUAAAACGGGAUUAUGUGUGCGUAAUGAAUUUCGGUCUGUUUGAGUUGUCACUGCGUCUGAAUGAGAGAAUGUAUGGCGGCGUGCCGCGAGUCGAUCUUCGGGCGAGCAACAACGUGUUGCACGUACGUACGUGCUCGGAUUCCGGUCGCGCUCUCAUGCAAUUGCUGACUUACAUCGCUAACGACGGUGAUUUGCAACAAUCCAGUAGUACCAUCAAUAGCAGCAGCACUGAGAAUAUUCCUACCGUAUCAUCAAUACCCACGAGAUACGAGGAAAAUCUUUUGGGCGUCGAGAGCAUUAAUACUCUUAGCAGGAGUCAGGUUGAGCGAGUCUAUAGUCUGAUGGAGGACGCGUUAGAAGAAACUGUAAAGGGGACGACGACCCAGAGUGGUAACAAAAGCGAGAAAAUACCAAUGACCGAAAAUCGGGUCGAAUUCUUCUUUCCUGAUGAUUCAUGUGCCGCUACGCGAGAAGCAGAAACGCGAAAAAGUUCGCAAGAAUGCGGUAAAGCGAUUACAUGCAGAGUGGAAGAUGAUGAGGACGACGACGAAUUUUGUAUUUUGGGAGAAGAGGCUGGAACAGGAAUAAUACGCUACGGAGUACCUGAGGUUCGAUCGCUGUGUCAAGAACCACUGAGGAUAGUGGAUAAUCACUUUUCUGUGCCAGUUGGCAAAACUGAUCUAUUGCAGACUCCGCCAAAUUAUCCCGCACCUAUAUUGAAAUACACCCUCUGCGAAAUGACGUUGAUAUGGCACAUGUAUGGUGGCAAUGAUUUCGACAAUUCUCAACCACAAUCUGCAAAGCACGUGACCAUUAAUGACAACGUUCGCAGCAAUAUCUUGCAUGGAAGGAGUAGAUCAGCCAUAGGUGCAGUAGGCUUCAAUAAGUCUAGUCCGAACGAAGUACACUUCGGCAGUGUACCGAAUUCGCCGCGUGCAACGAGAGGCAACGAAUCGUUGAUCGAUUGGCACACGCUAGGUGGCCCGGGUCGGCGGCACGACGUGCUGAUGGAACUGCAACUGAGCAAGAUUCGUUUCCAACACGAGGUCUAUCCGGAAAACACCCGGGAAGCGUCGAGGCAGGUGCUUCUGGUACACGAGAUUGAAGUAAGAGAUAGGCUGGCGUCGUCACACAUAAACAAAUUCCUGUAUCAAUAUAGCAGCGAAGCGAGACCAAGGCAGUCUCACUCUAUUAUGUUUACCAUGAAGGCAGUUCACGUAAGGCCGGAUCCCAGAUUGAGUGCCCAAGAAUGUUGUGUGAAACUUAGUCUACUGCCACUGCGACUGAACAUAGACCAAGAUAGCCUACUGUUCUUAAUACAAUUUUUUAACGAACUAGGCGGUGGAUCGAAGCGAAGCCAAGAAAGCUCUAGCACACCUAGCUCGCAAUCCACCCCCGUAUCGAAACAAGGAACACCCACGCAUCAUCCGCCCAUUAUGAGCGUGAAUGAUGAUGCGGUGACGAAUGACGCGAUGAUGAAUAUGUCACAGACUAUCAUUGAUCAAAAUUUGUUGAUACUCUUGGAAGAUGAACUGACGUAUAGGGAGAACAAGACUAAGACAAAGACUAUCCACCAGGUCCACGACGAUAGUCAACCGAUAUACUUUAGAAACGUUGUAUUCGGUCCAGAAGUCCUCAUAAGGUUAGAUUACCACGGGAAACGCGUGGAUUUCACUCAUGGACCGUUGGCAGGUCUGCUAAUGGGUUUGGCGGAACUCAAUUGUUCCGAAUUAAGACUGAAGAGAUUGUCAUACAGGCACGGAUUGUUGGGUUAUGACAAACUUUUUACAUAUCUAGUUUCUGAAUGGUUGCAGGAUAUUAAGAAGAAUCAACUCCCGAGUUUACUUGGUGGCGUGGGUCCGAUGUACUCUGUAGUACAGCUAUUUCAAGGGAUACGUGAUCUAUUUUGGUUACCAAUCGAACAGUAUCAGAGAGAUGGGAGAAUUGUCCGUGGGUUACAACGCGGAGCAAACAGUUUUACAACGUGUACCGCAAUGGCUGCGUUAGAAUUAACCUGCAGAAUCGUGCAGGCGUUACAGACUACAGCUGAGACUGCGUAUGACAUAGUUAGCCCUGGUCCCAGUGUGAGAUGCAAAAACAAAGGGCAGAAGGGACGUCGAAAGAGAUAUAAUCAGCCACUGGAUAUCCGAGAGGGAGUGGCUAACGCCUACACGUUAGUCAAAGAGGGUUUGGGUGAGACUGCGACUCAAUUGGUUCGCGUGGCUAGUGAGGAACACGAGCACAAGGGUACCGUCGGGGCGGUCGGCGGUGUAUUGCGUCAAAUUCCGCCGACAGUCGUGAAACCAAUUAUUCUGGCUACCGAGGCGACCAGCAACGUGUUGGGCGGCAUGCGAUCAUCACUCGUGCCUGAUGCGCGCCGAGAAGCUGUACAAAAGUGGCGGCAAGAUUCCGAUACGUGUUAAUCUCAUCACAGAAUGGGAGAAAUUGGGGGCUAAAUCGUUAUCGGAUCGUCAGUCAAUUUCGCUCAAACGAUGCUUUACGAUUGCGGCCGGGGAGGCCGGGCCACAUUUUAUUGUAACAUAUUCAUGACAUACAUGUACGGAAAGAGAAUAUUAAAUAGGAUAAGAGUGCCAUACGUUCGCGUUACGUUUGGCGAUAUUGUGAUUAUAGCGAUUAUUCUCAUUGGAUCUGUGCGAACUAUUAUCGCCUGAUCUGUUCGAUUAGGCCUCGAGGGAUCGGUAACGAGCGCGAGGAUACGAUGGACCUAAAGACGUGGAUUAUCGACGAAAAACAGGAGGAGUCGCCGCGUUGGGUCCUAAUUAUGAGUGCUAUACAAAGUUGACGUAGUCAGAUCGAUUCCAUUGAUUUUUUUUUUUUGUACAUUACGAAAGGUUUGCGACGCAUCUGGCAGACAUCUAACGAUAAAUCAUUUAGUUAAGAGUUGCCGCUAAUUUCGUUACAAAUGUACAAAAUACUUGUUACACAUGUAGAAUAUAAAGAUAGCUGCGCGCUAGCGCGAAGGAAUAUAUUAAGCUGCUUCUAUAUUCCUUCUCUAUACAUAUACAUUUUUUCUUUUGAUCAUGUGAAUGUUUUAUACCAAUGAUGAUAUGUGUAUCCGAAGAUUUUUAUUAAUAAAAUUAUACACGAUAUGAAAGAGAA